AUGGCAUCCUGGCUCCAGAUCCCCCGCAACUCGCCCUUUUCCCUAGCAAACAUCCCCUUCGGCAUCAUCUCCACCGUCAAGAACACUGCACGAGUCCCAGCCAUUGCCAUCGGUGACUAUGCCUUGGAUCUGAGCAUCUUCGCCUCCUCCGGCGGCUUCUCCCAGCUCCCCUCUAUCCAGGCGCAUCUCGACGUGUUCAGCCAGCCCACUCUCAACGCAUUUGCGGCGCUGGGUCGUCCUGUCCACCGACAAGUCCGUGAAUAUCUCCAGGCAAUAUUCAAGGCGGAUACGCCCUACCCACGGCUCCUCCGGGACAAUGCCAGUCUGCAGGAUGAAGCCCUCCUGCCCCUGUCGGAGGUGACCAACCACCUCCCCAUGCAGAUAGGCGACUACACGGACUUCUACGUGGGGCUAAACCACGCCUUCAACGUAGGCGUUCUCUUCCGCGGGCCCGAGAACGCCCUACAGCCAAACUACAAGCACCUUCCUGUUGCCUACCACGGCAGGGCCUCGUCCGUAGUCGUCUCUAAGACCCCCGUUCGUCGUCCAAACGGCCAGAUCCUCGCACACCCCACAGCCACCCCGAAAAUCCCCGUGUUCUCCCCCUGCCGGCGGCUCGACAUCGAACUCGAGCUGGCUGCCUUCGUUUGCAAGGGUAACGAGCUGGGGAAGCCCGUCCCCAUCGACGAAGCGGAGGAUCAUAUCUUCGGUCUGGUCCUCAUGAACGACUGGUCCGCCCGCGACAUCCAGGCGUGGGAGUAUGUGCCGCUGGGCCCGUUUAAUGCGAAGAACUUCGCCACAACCAUCACGCCCUGGGUCGUGCUGUUGGAUGCCCUGGAGCCGUUCCGGGCGGCCAAUCUCGAACCGGGGAAUCGAGAGUCGCUACUCCCGUAUCUGCGCGAGAAGCGUGCCGUGAACGGGUACGAUAUCGCUCUGGAAGUCGAGAUUACGAAUUCCGGUGGCAAGCCGACGGUUGUCUCAAUGACGAAUUCGAGGAAUCUGCUGUUUUCGUUUUCGCAGAUGUUGGCGCAUCAUACUAUUACCGGGUGUAAUUUGAAUACGGGGGAUUUGCUGGGGAGUGGGACGAUUUCUGGGACGGAGGAGCGCAGUCAGGGGAGUCUUUUGGAGCAGACGAAGGGGAAGGAGCCGAUUAGCUUGGCGGAUGGGUCGAAGAGGUUGUUUUUGGAGGAUGGAGAUACUGUUGUUCUGCGGGGCGUUGCGGGUGCCGAGGGUGGUUAUGUUGGCUUUGGGGAUUGUGUAGGGACGAUUGUUCCGGCUCUUAAGCUGGAUUGA